CCAAUGGCACAACAAAGCAACAUGAACAAAGCAGUGGAGGAAGCGCUGGAGGGUCUACAGAAGAACGGAGGGCCCUUUGGGUGUGUUAUUGUGAAGAACGGUAAAGUAGUGGGGAAAGGACAUAACAUGGUAACAUCUACUAAUGACCCGACCGCUCAUGCUGAGGUCCUGGCCAUCAGAGACGCUUGUAAAAAAUUAAAUACCUUUAUAUUAACGGACUGUGACCUCUACACAACGUGCGAACCGUGCCCCAUGUGUUUUGGAGCGAUCUACUGGUCACGGGUUAAAACAGUGUACUACGGAGCUGAGAGGAGCGAUGCAGCUGAAGUAGGUUUCGACGAUAGCAUCAUAUAUGAAGAGAUCAAGCAGGGUGUGCAUGAUAACAGACUGAUUCCGUUUAAACAAGUGGCCAGAGUGACAGCUUUGAAGGUGUUUGAAACGUGGUCCAGCGACCAGGAUAAAAUCAUGUACUGAUUUGGGGUUUUGGUAUUUCUUGGAGUUGUGAAGGUUAAACCGGACAAAGGGUGGACAGUAGAAAACGGAAAAGCCCCGAAAUCAUAAACAAGUUAAAGAACUUGUUUAUAGUUAUAAUAGAGAAAAUUCAAAGUUGGGGUUAGGUAUGCAGUCACCAAAACGGACAUGUAAAUGAUCAGAUCAUCACUAUUCAUAUCACUAGCAAUUAUAAUACUUCUAAAUUAUAUUAGGUAUAAUGCAAUAGACAUUCUAUCAGUGUUUUAAUGUUUCAUUUGAUUUCAGAAUUAUAUU